AUGUGCGUUCUGACUCCUGGAUUGUGCGAUCGGUUGCAACGUGCCUCCCUGGGCCCUGCCCCAACUCUUGCUGAGGAUCAAGAGGUCCUUACUUACAUGGUCCCUGAACUGACCAUGCCGCCUAGAUCAAAUACUUACGAGUCCCUGAGGAAGUCAUCGAGCUCGCCAGAGACCAACAACAGCAACAACAUCAGCAGGGCGGCGGGCAGCGUGGUAGUCGUGGGGGAGGGCAAGCAGGCCAUGGUGCAGGUGGAAGGGGAGGAGGCGAUCGUGGACGAGGUGGUGGUGGUGGUCAGGGAAGAGGAGGUGGACGAGGGCACGGGCACGGGCACGGUCGCGGGCGAGGUGGAGGAGGCAGAGGGCAAGGUUGAGGUGAACUGA